AUGCAUCAAGACGCCGGAUCACAGCCGGGAACUGCCUCAGAACAGUGGCUCAUGAUUCCGGAUAGGGUGUCUGAAAAGGUCACCACCACACAUGAGAACCCCCAAGAUGGCCCCCGCGCCCUGGAACCCAAUGAGGAGGUCAGGAAGACCUCUCGUCUCAUCCUGGACAUCAUCUUCGAUUAUGCACUGAACAAAUUCGACGAUUCUAGGGAUCGCCUGGAAGCGGGUGCGGAUCACUUCCUGUCGAUCAUCGACCCGUUCGUUGCGGUGGGAAAGCGGGUCGAGGCUUGUCUCCCGGCAUUCCCGUUCAAAUCAGCGAACAAAGUAUACAAGGUCCUCGGUAAGCUGCCCGAUAAGGCUGAAGAGCUGGCACUGGACCGGUUGAAUACGAUGUGCACCCGGAUAAGGGAAGUAUAUCCGCCUGGCGCUCAAGUCACCAUCAUCUCCGAUGGUAUUACAUAUAAUGAUUUGUUAUGUAUAUCGGACCAAGACACUUGGGCUUACGGAGAGGCGCUCCGUAAGAUGGCCACCAAGAAGAAGUUUCACUGGAUCGGUUUCUCUAGAAUAAGAGACCUGCUUGAUUUCCCUCUGCCGGAAAAGCUAAGUGAGAUUAGCUACGUCGCUAAUUGUACUACGUUUCGCCGACUGCUCCUCAAUAAGUAUGGACGGGAUGAUCUCAAUAUCGACCACGAGAUUAGCUCGAAUCCCGAUACGAAACUGACCUACCUCGGGUACAAGAGAUUUUUGGAGUCGGAUUUGAAGCACAUCUUCCCCCGGGGGGCCGACCGGAGUGCCCAUAGCUAUAAGCGGGACUGCAAGUAUCUUGCUAAGCAAAUGCUCAUCAGAGGAUAUGCUUUUGCAGGCGCGGUCAAGAACGCCUUUCCCAACCAUUUGCGACUUUCUAUUCAUGAAUCGGUGGGCAGUACUAAGGUCUCGAUAUGUCUCCUCAACACCAGAACCGGGUUUACGACUCCAUGGCACUGCAGCGUUGCUCAAAUCGCAGAUGGAGAGUGGAUCAGUGCUCCCAUGGGUGAGUUCGGCAAGGACAACAAUCUGGAGCUGGUGUACGAGGAUGGCCGGCCUAGCUACUUCAAGGAGAAGCCACAGGAAGGGCACGCACUCGGCACCAGCGAGACCACAGCAACCUACCUCCAACAGGCCCGACUUGUGAGCGCGAGUGAGUAUCUCAAUGGAGCAUCAACACCCAGCAUAGCCUCAUCCGCUGUAGCGUCGGCCAGCAAUUCCACCACGCUCUCACCCCGUAUGACCGUGGGCACCAGCAGAGCCACUACACCGGGGACACAGUCGCCUCUCAGCUUAGCAUCGAAUGGUCCGGAUCUCACCGCGGAGGACAAGUUGAGCAAGUUAAGCAGUGCUCCAUCCCCAGAGCUGGCUGAUGGAGCUGCUUCGAUACCAUAUGGUAAAAGACUGAUCCCACAAAUAAUGGACAGUUUGGCCGCUGCCGAGCCGGGGCGUAUUGUUUUCUCCAUGACGACACUGUCUGGAGACUCACCUGAAUUCAGGCCCAUUUCUGCACGCGCCUUCACCCAGGCUGUGGACAAAACCGCUUGGUGGCUUCAGAAUCAGGUUGGAAAGCCCAACUCAAUUCAGCCUCUAGGCUACAUUGGACCGCAUGAUCUGCGACAUGUUUUGCUGACCUAUGCAUGCGUCAAGGCUGGAUAUGCGGCAUUGUUCCUCUCGCCAAAGAAUAAUACGGAGGGGGCACUUGCAGUCCUCGAGGCGACAGCUUGUAAUAUCUGGGUCAAUGCUGGCGAGGUGUCCCCGGCCCCUUUGGUCAAGGAAAUCCUGCAGAAACGGGCCAUGAACGUUUUGCAGCUCCCUCUGCUCGACGAGCUUCUGGAUGCCGCGUCCACCGAGCCUUUUCCAUAUACCAAAACGUUUGACGAGGCUAUCAAUGAUCCAUUCUGCUUUUUACAUACCUCUGGGACCACUGGAGUGCCCAAGCCUAUUCCUUGGUCUCACGGACUCAUCGGCACCAUGGAUGCGGUGCGGCUGCUGCCACCGGUGGGCAACGAUAACGAUUUGCUGCCGUGGACAUCUGAUUGGAAGUCGGGCAAUAAGAUCUACUCAUCAUUCCCCAUGAGUCACGGUGCUGGUAUUAUUAUGGAUAUUCUCAUGCCCGCCCUCUUUGAGCUCCACUGCGUGCUGGGGCCGGUGGGCGUCCUACCCAAUGUCAAUCUGGUGGAAACUCUUGCAGAGUAUGCGAAGAUCGAUAUCUGGAGCAUGCUGGGUGAAACGCCUGGAGUGUUGUCAAAGCUCAAGUCGUCCAAAUUCAUCUGUGCAUCUGGCGGCCCCGUCAGCCCGGUGAGUGCUGGCAAGGUGAACGAGGUCAUCAGGGUACUGAACUUGACGGGCACAACGGAGGGCCUGUUUAUUGGGAACCUUAUAACACCAAGAGAGGACUGGUUUUGGUUUUGCUUCCACCCCUACUCCGGCUUCGAAUUCAAGGAAAUCGAAGCCGACACCUACGAACAUUGGGUGCAUCGCAACGAGCACUGGCCCCUAUUCCAGGGAAUAUUUCACACGUUCCCGGAUAAGCAAUCAAUUAACUUCAAAGACUUGUAUAUGAAGCACCCCACCAAGCCGAAUUUGUGGGCCUUCAAAGGACGAAGCGACGAUCUUGUCGUGCUGUCUAACGGGUACAAGAUAUCGCCCCUGGAGACUGAAGCUUUUGUCACCACGCACCCUGCCAUCAAGGGAUGCCUUGUUUUCGGUACUGGGAAACCCCAGGCCGGCUUGCUGGUGGAGUUGAAGGAUCCAUCGCAUAAGACCGAUGAGCUUCUCGACAGCAUUUGGGAAACAGUCCAGAAGGCGAAUUCCAUGUCUCGACACAAGAACCAGCUUCUGAGGGACUUUGUCACCUUUGCAGAGCCCGAUAAACCAUUUUUCCGCACGGAUAAAGGCACUGUAAAACGAGCCGCAACCCUGAAGCUUUACACCGACUACAUUGAGCGUUUUUAUAGCUCGCGUAGCGACGAUCUUGUUGGCAGCUUCACUAUCGACAUGAGCUCCACCGAAUCAAUCCAGGACAACAUCCACAAGAUCCUCGUGCCUUUACUCCCUGAACCUCAGGAUGUCGGGCUGGACAUGGACCUGUUUGCUCUCGGACUGGACUCUCUGGGUGUCUUUGCGGCUAUCAAGACGAUCCGAGCAGCUACGGGGCUAGGUGAUCGGAUUGCUCCUCGCCAUGUCUAUGGUCAUCCCACAAUUUCCGGUCUCUCUUCCACCGUCGAGCUUCUGUUGGCUGAGAUGACAAGCGCCAGUGAAGCCGCCUCAUCGGACCAGCCCGCCGCCGACGACGAGCUGGCUAACAUGAAGACCAUGAUUACCCAGCACAAGGCGCGGCAAUCAUUUCGCUUGAAUGCGUUCGACUAUGUUAACCCUAACCAUGGGAUGGGCUUGGUCUUAUACCUCCCACUGCGUGAAGGAGUUAAAUACGAGCAAGUGUUUUCCAAUCUACAGGAGGGUCUCAACCGGACAUUUGAUCUCAUUCCCGCUCUCGGUGGCAAGAUGAUGAACUGCUCAGAGCAGGAGAUCGGCUACACCAAGGGAGAUCUCUGUGUCACCAUUCCUCCGCGGUCUAGGGCCAACUCUGCCCACAAUCGCCUGGUCUACAAAGACCUCUCUAGCGUUCUCCCGUCAUUCGACAAGUUACGCGACGCAGGCUUCGCGCCGUCUGCCUUCAAGGACAGUCUUGUCCUACGGGAUGACCCAUUCCCCAAGAUGCCCGCCCUUAUCUUGGUCGGACAGGCCAACUUCGUCCAAGGUGGCUGUCUAAUCGCCGUUGACCUGAACCACUGCUGCCUCGAUGGCCUCGGCGCCAUGGUCGCUCUCAAAGCCUGGGCUGAAAACUGCAGAUAUUUGCAGGGGGACCAGGCAGCAACAUGCGACUGGUAUGAUCCCGAGAGCUUCAACCACAGCUUGCCAGAGAUCAUUCAUGAGCAAGAAGGUUGGACCCAACCACUUCAGGAGGUUGAUCCUGGGACAUGGGGCUUUCUGCCAUUCUUCCCCCCCGAGAAUGAGAGCCAGACCACUACAAUCCAUGGUGAGUCUCGCCGUUCCAAAAAUCUUUCGAAUGAAGGGGCCCUUCCUCCUCGACCUAUUUUCCCGCUUCAUUCUGUCUGGCCACUGCCUCGCGCCGAAAGGUGCCUAAAGACAACCUUAUUCCUCAUCCCGCCCGACAAGCUGGAGAAGAUGAAGCAGGACGUGAUCGCCGACCCCGCGGCCAAGGGGGUCAUCAAAUCUAUCAGUGAUAUUGUACAAGCUUUCUUCUGGCGCGCCGCCAUCAGGGCACGAUAUCGCGUGGCCACCGAGAUCAGAAAGCAGACUUUCGGACCUGAGGAGAUGUCUAUUCUAGAGCUCCCCACCGAUGGCCGCCCAUAUUUUUCCUCCCUAUUACCAUCGACUUACAUGGGCAGCCUGCUCAUCUUGAAUCGCUCCAGCAUGCCUAUCGAGACGCUCUGUUCUCCUAAAACAACCAUUGGAGAAGUUGCGUUCCUACUUCGUCAGUCUACUACGCGCAUUACUCCAUCACUCGUGCAUGACGCGUUCACGAUUCUGCAGUCACUUCCGGACCACAGCCGAUUCUCGACCGCCAACAUGGGCCUCGAACAUAUGCACGCUAUGAUCUCCAAUAUGAUGCUAUUCCCAAGCGGCGAGAUCUGCUUUGGAGACAAGUUCUUCGCCAACGGAGGCUCCCCGGAGUCUAUGCGGCCGCAACUCGAGCGGGGGAACGGCCGUUUCCGCUUCCUGGUCAUCUUCCCCAUAAAGAAGGAUGGCGGUGUUGAGCUUGUCUUGGGCACGCACCCGGAGGAGUUGGACAUGUUCCAGUCGGAUGAGGAGUUUACCAAGAAAACCAUGGCCUCGCUGGACUCCUCUCACAUCGGCGCCCAAUCCACCCCAUACAUUUCCCAGCCUGACGACGAGGACUGGGACUGGUUCAGUGAUGACCGCAACCAUAAUGAACCUACUAAUGUUGUCUUGGAUGACGAUGACGAGUCUGCCCCGGCUUGGGAACCUCAGCUCGGCGUCCAGGAUAUCGAAGCUGUGACUGUUGCCUGGACCACUGGGGCUUUGGGCUUCGUCUACAUCAUCAUUUGGCUCACUUAUUUUGCUGAGGGUAUUCUGUCAGCUACGACAGGUAUCUUGGCCCCCUAUGUGACAUCCGAUUUUGCCCUGCACUCGCUCACACCCACCGUCGGCAUCCUGAGCAGUGUCAUCGGCGGGGUCACCAACCUCACUCUUGCCAAAGUCCUGGAUGUGUUUGGCCGUCCACAGGGAUACCUCUUCUGCAUCCUGCUUGCGACGAUCGGAUUAGGUAUGAUGACUGUGUGCAAUAGUGUCCAGGCCUAUGCCGCCGCCCAGGUGUUGCAGACCGUCGGGAAUAACGGCAUCCUAUACAGUCUGGCCGUCUUUGUCGCCGACACUUCUUCGCUGCGCAGCCGGGGCCUAAUGCAGGCCGUCGUCAGUUCUCCGAAUCUGAUUACAUGCUGGUUGGCCGGCCCAAUAUCCUCGAGGUUUUUGAACGGACCUGGCUGGCGGUGGGCGUUUGGCAUGUUUACGAUUCUUGUGCCGGCCAUUACCCUCCCACUCUUUAACACCCUCUUGAGGAAUUACCUGCAGGCCCGGAAAUUGGGUCUUGUUCCGAAGACUAACGGUGACGCCGAUCUGACGGCCAGCGAGUCCCUUCUCUACUAUUGUCGGCAGUUUGAUGCAGUGGGUCUCGUUCUGCUCUCCACUGGCGUUGCCCUCUUUCUCCUGCCAUUUAAUGUAUAUGCCCUACCAGGGUGGAACUUGCCGCUGGCAAUUGGAAUCCUGAUUACUGGGAGCAUGCUCAUUAGCGGUUUUGUGAUGUGGGAAAGACGUUAUGCAGCCAUCACCUUCAUACCGUAUUCUCUCCUUCUCGACCGUACGGUUUUGGGCUCUUGUCUUCUCGCCGCUACGCUCUUUACCAGCUUCUGGUGCUGGAACAGCUUCUUUGGGUCGUACCUUCAGGUUGUAAAUGGCCUUAGCGUCGAGAGUGCUAGCUACGUCGUGCAGCUGUAUACUGUCUGCUCGGUCGUCUGCUCCAUUGCUGUGGGGGCCCUGAUCCACUAUGCUGGGCGCUUCAAGCCUGUCUGCCUCUACGUCGGAAUUCCGCUAAGCGGCGUGGGAUCUGGUCUGAUGAUGUGCUUUUCCAAGAUGGAAAGCAGCGUUGGCUAUAUCAUCAUGUGCCAGGUUUUCAUUUCCAUCGCUGCCGGCAUCAUAAUGGUCUGCGACGAAGUCGCAAUCCUUGCCGCUGCUUCGGAUCAUCAUGCCGCAGUCUGUCUAGCGGUACUGGGGAUGUUCAGCAAUAUUGGCAGUGCGAUUGGGCUGACCGUGGCCUCUGCUAUUUGGCAGGAGGUCUUUCCUAAGAGUCUUAUGCAGUACCUCCCUCCUGCAGAACUUGCAAAUCUGCGCGAAAUAUAUGCUAACCUCUCAACCCAACUUUCAUACUCACUCGGGUCCGAGACUCGGAUUGCCAUUCAGCAUGCCUACGCGGACGCCCAGAUGAGGAUGCUGGCCGUGGGAACCACAGUUUGGAUAGCAGGUUUCAUGGGAGUCAUCAUUUGGCGAGACAUCAAUGUGAUCGGUCUCCAGCAAAAUAAAGGGCAUGUUUGA